AAAAUAGCAGGAGGUUUGCCCGAGCUUGCUUCGACGGGCUAUGCGGGUCUAUGCUUAUGUGCGGGCGCGUGCGGACCAUUGGCGGCUAUAAAUGAAAGUUCAGGACAAUGUCGCACGUAAAGAUCAGAGCUUGCUCCAUAAUACUUAAAGACCACUUUGGCUCCGUUGUGCAGUCCGUCGGCGAAUGUCUUCUUAAAGUGUCAUGGAGAAGUUUGGGCGAAAUAGCAAGAUCAACCAAUCUGCCACUUGCCAAGAUCAAGAAGUCUUUGAUGGUCCUGAUUCAUCAGAAUCUUGUGGAUUUCGAGGCUCAUCCCAAGGGAACUGUCAAGUACUCCAUAAACGCCGACCGCGUUUUAUGUAUGCUCCGAUAUUCGCGUUACAUAUACUGCACAAAAAUGCUGUAUGGUGACGCAGGCGAAUUCAUUAUUGAGGAGGUGCUGCUGAACGGCAGAUUGUGUAUGUCCCUUGUCCUCCAGAAAGUGCUGGAAAGACUACAAGGAGCUGGCACCGCGGAGGAUGUGAAGCAGAAAUUUGUAGACCUUGUCAAGACCAGCUUCUUGUGCAGAGUGCCAUAUCCCGACCCGGACGCCCCAGCUUCAAAGAUUCCCUCUCUCAUUAUGCCUGAUGAUGUCAUGUACAAGAUCCCAGAGGUCAAAUUGUACCUACUGAAGCAAAACACAGGUGAGCCUUCUGCAGAGCCUCCAGCAAAGAAAAUAAAGAUGGAGAAGCCCGAGGGUGAGAAGCAGCCUGAUGAAAAGGAGUACUGGCGUGUCAACAUCGACCGCUUCCACCAGCACCUCAGGUGGGAACCAAUGCCUUGGUUGAUAGACCAGCUGGUAGUGCAGGCCGUGUCCAAGCGAAUGGGUGCAAAGGCUGGUGAGGUUGUGCGCACCAUGUUGCGACUGUCAGAGACACGAUCCCACCCAAAGGAUGCUUACAGUGCUCCUGUCAGUCGCAGCGAGAUUUACCAAUCCCUCCAACAGGAGAUUAAAAUCUCCCAACAGGAGCUGGAUUCCUAUCUGAGCCUUCUUGCAGAUGACGCCCUGGGCCUAGUAAGACGGACGGAUGAACGAGGUGGCAUGUUUAGUGUCAACCUAGAGCGCACGCUGCGUCUCCUCGCUGAGGGUGUCCUAGCAUCCAUAGUGCAGGACCGCUUUGGAGCCAAGAGUUGCCGCAUCUUUAGGCUGCUGCUUGAAAAGAAGUACCUGGAGCAGAAACAGAUAGAAGAACUCGCAAUGAUCACUGCUCGAGACGCCAAGGAAAUGACUUACAAAAUGUUCCAGGAAAAGUUCGUCUUGGCUCAGGAACUUCCAAGAACACCAGACUAUGCCCCUUCCAGGAUGAUCUACCUGUUCCAUGUUGAUAUUCCACAGCUGAGUCGUCAGGUGCUGGAGUGGUGCUACAAGGCACUGGCCAACAUGAUGCUGCGAAGGAUUCACAUCACUGAGGACCUUAAACGACUCCUGGACAAGAAGCAAAGGGUGGACCUCAUCUUGUCUACUAUGCAUCCAAACAACUCCACACCUGAACAGAUCGCAGAGGUGAAAGAAAUGGUCACUCCUCCUGAACGGAAACAGCUUGCCUACGUCAGGCAUGUCACGUCCAAGAUAGGGCUCGGUGAAGUGCAGCUGGAUGAAACCAUCCUCAUACUGCAGCUCUACAUUCUGUCAUUGUCAAAAUAGGCACGUCACCUCCAAAAUGGGGCUCGUUGAAGUGAAGCUGUGUGAAACCAUCCCUGUACUACAGCUCUAAAUUCAGUCCCUGUCAGAAUAAAUUAUACAAACAUUGCAA